AUGGAAGUCAGCCGCAAUCGCAGCUGGCGCCCUCCGGCCAAUGCUACGACCUUCAGCUUUGGUCCAUGGGUGACGUGCCACUGCGCUCAUGGAAUGGUGGAAGAGCCCGAGGUCCGCAUCCACGCGGAUGAGGAGGUCAGUACUCCACCAUUGAAGCUUCGCUUUGACAGUGACAACAUUGACAAAAAGAUGAAAGCGUCUGACUUCAAGAAGCCGCCUUUGCAGCUCCCGGAAGCUGCCAUCCCGGAGCGUGAGGACCGAAAGCGGGAUGAGCUGAGCAAAGUCUCUCGGUCGCCGAAGAGGGUCCAGUUGCCGGCUGCGCCACCCACAUGGCGUCAACGACUAAAGAAGGUCGUCAUGGCUCUCCUUCUCCUUUUCGCUUUGUGUGGUCUUGCACUUCUCGCGGGCAGUUACCCGCUGGCUGAACGUCUCUCCAAUGAAUUGGAGGAGCAUAGCUGCAAACUGAGCAGCCCCAAUUUCCGUCCAAGCGGCGAGAUCCCGUACGUUCAUUCGCCUUUGGGUGUCUCUUGUUGGGUGCAGCUGAGCUCCAAGGCUGGAGAGACCUGGUCUCCAGUGCCGGCAAGUCUUCAGCAUGGAGGAUGGACGCUGAUUACGUUUGACAAUCCAAAGGAGUUCCUCAGUCCACGAUCGACUUGUGCCUCUCAGGUGCAACAGCACGAAGGCGCCUUCCGGUGCUUUUUCUCCUCCAGCUCAGAGGGUGCCAAGCUGGGAGUUUUGACACAGCCGAUGCCCUCAGAAGUGGAGCUCCUCAUGGUCACCAGGUAUCCGUUGACCCUGCUGGCCUGGCUGGUGUCAUGGCCGGUGUUUUUUGUGCUGGCUUUACAAGGCAAAGGAACUGCAUUGAAGACGGCAGGACUCCGGUGCUUCAGGAUCCUUCUGAAGGUGUUGGCCGUUCUUGUCGUUGUCAUCGCCGUCAGUGGGCCCGUGGUCCUGGUGACAAGGCAUCCUGAAACGCAAGCACUUCAAAAGAGCCUGCAGGAUGGUACUUGCCAACUGCGCUCGAGUUCGACCAGCGAGGUCGGUACUUGGCACUUGGUGCCAGCUGCACAAUGUCAGAUCACGGUGGCUCAGGAUGAUCUCAGGGCCAAAUCCUUGGUAUUCGCCUAUCCGUCCAGGUGGUUUGACCUGCAGUACCACCAGCUCAAGUGUGAUGAGCUGGUGAAAUCCCUCAGCAAGAGUUUCCCCUGUGCUGUCGGGGGGCAGACAGCCUACGUCGGGGAGGCGAAGCAGUGGACCUCGGUCUUCCUGGAACUUACGACAUUGCAGUUUGAGCAUCCAGUGGCCUUGGAGAUGUGGUGCCUCUCAGUGAUUGCCACAUUGGUCAUGUUGCCCCUGGUGCUUUGCUCAAGGCGGUCAGCUCCUCCUGAAGGAUACCGACGUCUUGCAGGUGAUGCUCGGUGA